AUGGUGCUUGUCGCGGCGUACCGAGCACAGGACGCUGCCAUCAUCGAGGCCUGCGAGGCGGCUGUGAAGGGCAAAGGUGAUGGCCGCGUUUCCGUGGAGGAUGCUCAGGAGGCGGCGGCGGCGUUGAGAGGUGACAUGACCUGGCAAAAGCGAGCAAUUGAAAUAACGUCCGCUGUCGCGUGGCUGUGCAGCGGCACGCAGGUCUUCAAGUUCGUGAAGGACGCAGGGAAGGUCACUGAGACGGAGCUCUGGACCAUGCGCUAUUGCCUCACCGAGUACAACUUCACCGAGGCGGCGAGCGAUUGGAUCACCAACGCGGUGAAGGGCAUCACCAAGUAUGCCGACAAGGUCGCAAAGGGGAAGAAGAUCUCCGGGUACUAUGAGAAGGUCGAUGGUGUCCAGUGCGAUCACGAGGUCUUGGAGGUUUGCCGCAAGGCCGUCGCCGGCGCUGGCGACGGGCGUGUCAGCAAGGAGGAUGCCAAGUUGGUGCUGGCGGCCGUGACCGAUGGCGGGAAGGUCACUCAGACCGAGAAGUGGACCUUGAGACUUUGCCUCUCCGAGUUCAACUGGACGGAGGCUGCCCAAGAUUGGUUUGCAGAGGAGCUGAAGGCUUUCACCAGCGCUAAGAAGCGGCCCUCCUCUGCACCCGGUCGACCAGCCAAGAAGGUCAAGACAGUGGACAAUGGAAAGAAGGUGAAGUCUGUGCUGGGCAGUCUGAAGGUCCUUGAGAAGUCUGAGAAGGCUGAUGUGUUGAGCAUGGUGUCCUCCAUGGGGCAGAAGACGUUAGCCGUGCCCAAGGAGGAGAGGCACAGCUUUCAAAGCGAUGCCUUCAAGAUGGUGGAGAAGUUGCUGAACGAUGCGCAUGUGGUCUUGCAAAAUCAGCUGGCGGCGGCCAAAGAGCUCAUCGACAACUCGGACGCGGAGAAGGCCAAACGGGAGGCGGCGGUGAAGGCGGCAGAAGAAGCUUUGACUGCGAGCAAGGCGGGCAAGGAGAAGGCCAUGGAGAAGAACCAGGAGAAGAGCACCGCCUUGAAGGCUGCGGAGGAUGCGCUGAAGUCAGCGCAGACGCAGCAGAAGGACGGCGAUGCCAAGGCAGUGAGCCUGGAGAAGGAGAAGGCGGCGCUUGAAGAGGGCACCAAAGAUUGGAUGGGCGAGUUGAGGAAGGCUGAGAAAGGCUGGACUGGAGAGGGAUGGCAGCUGGCCAUGACAAGACUGAGGCUUGCUGAACAUGGCACUGCGCCACGCUUCAUCAAGGCGGCCAACGCUGCCUGGCAACCGGCCGACGCAGAAGAUGCCUUGCGGGCUGGUGGCUUCGACGAGGGCUGGCAUCAUUAG